AAUAUAACGAGUUACUAAUGACCAACUGUUGUGCAGCACCAUUGACGAAGCCGAAUGGCUGCUUGACCAAAUUCCUCCGCCUGACAAAGAUGAAGACAUGUUGGUCAAGAAGUUAAGAAGCAAAUUAAGUGAAUUGCUUACGGAAUUGCGAAAGGGUGCUGAAGGCACUGGCAAAUGAUCGAGACUCAAAAUUCCAUUCAAAAGAAUAAAAAAGAAAAAAAUGGAACGGUGUUUCCGUUUCCCGCUUGCAUAAACCGUUUUGCAAACGAUGCGUUUUGAUUGGUUAAUUUCAGCCAGCCGGCUCCUUGAAAACGAAUUCCAAUCUUAUAUUGCUCCCAACGAUGACGCGCAAACCUGUCGGUUCAAGAACUUCAACGAUGCGUUCGAGCAUUUUGAACGAGAUACAAGUGCACAGUAUGAACUGCACCCGAAAUAUGGACGAUAUGUGUGGGAUAUUGGAGAUCAGUGGUAUCAGAAAUGGAACGUCGUUUUCUCUCUAGAACACAUGUGGAAUUGGACUCCUCGACAAAAGCAUACCUCGACAAAUCAUCCAUCCCUUUCAACUACUACUUCUCCUUCUUCUUCAACUACCAAAUCAUCCAACGAUAAUCAUGAGGAACCUACUACCCCCACGCCGCCCGAACGACCACUGACUGUAAGCAGUAUUCAACCGUGGCUUGAUUUUAUUACACUUCGUCAUCAUAUUCGACCCGAUCAUCGACAGCUAUUGGAUAAAAUUUGCAACUACCUUGUAAGGUGGCAUCAGACCAAUCGACCGCUUGCCCUCGUCGGUGCCUGUAAAUUGAAUACAGUGCCCUUCUUUCCGCCUUCGUGGUUCGUCGAUAAACAAUUAAAAAAUCAUGGCGACAAUGAGGGGCUAGCCCCUUCUUACAUUGCACGCUUCGUGCCACCGUACCGCCUGACACAUGCAGCCGUCCCGGAACGCUGGGACGUCGUUUUUCUUAAAGGCUUGACAGAAGAUCCUGACCAUCAGUUCGAUAUCGAUCCGGGGUUAAUCGUUUCAUCGAUCAUGAUUUACGGUUUAACGGUCCAUUACGACGAUAAAACGGGCUACAGUCAACUGAUGAUGGUAAUGAAGAAGGCGACUUAUGGCAACCUGGAAACCAGCCUUGAAAAAGAAAUCCCCGAAGAUUAUGCUAAACCUCGGAGACUGGCAUUGAGCAUCACCAAAGGUUUGAAGGACUUGCACUGGGAAUAUGUACAUGGCAAUGUUCAUCCGCGCAAUAUUCUUCUGAACUUUGCGGACUAUGUGGGCGAGUUGGUGGAUAUCACAUUUAUGCAACGCAAUCGGUCGAUAAAGAAACGGCACAUGUCCUGUCAUGGCGGAGGUCGUUGGCCUUAUGUAGCUCCCGAAGUAGCAUCGACUCACACAAGACUCAGUACAGCGGCGGAUGUUUAUGCUUUGGGGAUCAUUUUAUGGCAACUGAUUUCACGCGUCACUUUCCCUGACAACGUAUUGGUCGAUCCGUAUGUGUACCGUAUCGAACCUAUACCCGGUGUAAUGAAGGAAUGGGAAGAUCUGUAUACGGACUGUCUCAACACCGAUCCUUCCAAACGACCUAAUGCGUACACCGUUUAUCGCCGUUUGGAAAAAAUGCCUUCCAAUGUCAAAUUCGAGCGAAGCACUUUGGAUUACAUUCAGCAGAGAAGACUGGAAAUUCAAAAAUUCUUAUCGGAACAGCAUCGUCAAUUCGCCGACGAAAGCAAUACUUCCAACCAGAUGCCUCGACUGGCUCAGGUGGGCGAUCAUGUUCUCACCGCGUCUGUCACCCGCUUAGUGAACCAACAGCUUGAAAGUUAUCCCACACUCGUUCAAAAAUUCAGCUUUUAAAUCGUUUCCAUUCCUUCUUCUGAUGUCUUUUUUGCUUCAAAAAAAAAAAGGCGACCCUUGGUGACUUUUUUAAUCCUUCCCCUCUUGGACACCCACACCCUGUUAUGAUCGGUCCACCCUAAAAACUACUCUAUUUCUAUCAUGUAUUGCUUCGUAUCGGUUUUUUUUAUGGUUUGCUCUUUACUCUUUACAUUCUUUUGCACAGUCAAGAUUCUCUUUGUGUUCUUUCGGGCAUUGCUUUACUCAUACGGCAAACAGUGACUAAAAAAAUAAACAAGUCAAUGACUUCACGUCAUCCUUUCAUAUCAAAUCGUUGAAUUUGUACAAAAAAGGGGUUUUAGUCCUUUUUACGUUACAAUACAUCCUGUUGUGUUGCCCUGACAGGGUGAUACU